CCCUUUCCAAUUAUCAAUUUGUUGCAAACAUACGGUCAGAGCGGUAUAGUGCCACAUCCGGUAAUCGGAUAUGCCGCGUGGGAUCCACGUGGAUGACCGAGGCACGUGACCCACCAAUUACCGAUGAAUUUCUCCUCACUCGUCGACUCACCAUCUUUCCUUUGACUCAUUUUCCGUACGCUCGUCGGCCGUCGGUCCACUGUCAACCCAUCAGACAUGCUUCCACGUCCGGCACGGCUGGUCAGACAGUCGCACCUGCUAUGCAGAGGUCUGGCUUCUGCGGUGAGGUUGGAAACAAGGACGACGGUACAAGUGGACGAGUCAUACUUGCCUUUCCUUCACCAUGUCGAUGCAACACGUCGAUUGGCUCCUUUACGGUCAGCUUUACCGGAUGCUCAGCUGGUCACCGACAACCUGUCUCUGGAAGAUGGGUUUCAACCUCUGGCCGGUCCUCAAAUCAGUGAAGAAGAAUUGGAGAGAAGACCUGAGCGUCGGAGUCCUGCUGCUGUCUUGGGGUCGAAACGAAUAGGAUCUGUUAUCCUCCCUCAAGCGUUGAUUGAUGGAGUGCAGAGGGAGAUAUAUGCUGGGGACCCUCGCACAGUCCGGAAAACAUUUCUUGAUCUCCUCGAAUCUUCUCCUAGAAAAUCUAAAUUACUCCCUUCUUCAGAGACUGCUCUGGCUAAAGUCGCUGCUAUUCUCCCUGGCCAAUAUGCCGCCGUGCGCAACAUACUGAAUGAGUUGGACAAAAGAUUGGAGUCGGGUUGGAUGGACGGACCUGUCAUCGACGUAUCAGGGGGCAGUGGGGCAGGUAUUUGGGCCACAAUGGAUUAUAGAGAUCAAUUAGGUUUACAAGACAUGGAAUAUCAACUGGUCCAUGCUUCAAAGCAUGGAAGAGAGUUGGCCAAACGGCUGCCGCCCAAAGUUGUCAUGUCGACUUUUCAUCUCUCCACCCUUCCUACUGUCUCAGCUCGUAAAGUUCACAUACGACAACUUCUCUCUUUGUCUUCGUCCUAUAUCAUCCUUGUAGAUCGCGCAAAUCCAGCAGGAUGGGAAGCGAUCUCAUCCGCUCGAACUCAACUUCUUUCCCUUUCAACUCCUGAGAACCCUUUACAUGUCAUAGCUCCUUGUCCUCAUGAUGGUCCUUGUCCUUUAGUGGGUCUUCGAGAUAUUUGCGGUUUUUCUCAGCGUCUACAACGACCAUCUUUCGUGAGAAAGACAAAACAUUCUAAGAGAGGUGAUGAAGAUGUGGGGUAUACAUAUCUAGUCAUCGGUCGUGGACCACGGCCCGUGAGUGUUAAUAGCAAAGAAGGUAGGAUAGGUGGAGUAGGAUUGGAAGUCGCUCAGAAGGAAAGGGAGAAAAAAGCUGGGAAAAGUGAAUUGCAUAGAGUGGAAGGUGGGGAAUAUGAAAUGGUUUCUUUACUUCCACAUGACCUCUCUUUGGAAACUGCUCAAUCUCCGAAAAUCCCAGAUCUGAGAGGAGAGGCGUAUAGCUGGCCUAGAUUAGUUGCAGCACCAAUGAAACGAUCAGGACAUGUCAUCAUGGAUGUCUGCUGUACCGAUGAGAAAAUCAAGAGAAUCAUCUUUGCAAAAUCACAUUCGAAACAAGUAUAUCACGAUGCGCGCAAGGCGACAUGGGGGGAUAUCUUCCCACAUGAACCUAAAUCCAAGUCUGUGGAUAGGGCAAGAGGAUUGAGAAGACUCAUGCCUGCUGAAGUGGACUUUGACGGUGUGCCUAUGGGUUCUGAGGCGGAAAUGAGUUUAGCUAUGGAGGGAUGGCCUGUUGGGGAGUUGGUCGAAGGAGAUGGGGAAUGGGAUGAGGAUGGAAUAAUCACUUAUCAAAGUCCCUCUCCGACUUUAUCAUCUUCAUCGUUGUCUCAGAGCGAGAUGUCAUCGUUCAGCUCGUCAUCGUCUGAAUCUUCGACAUCCUCAUCAAGCUCAUCACCGCCGUCGUCAUCUCCCUUCUCGUCGAAUGGUCAACGAAGGGAAUUCUCAAGUUCGUCUCGUCGAUCAAGCGUUCAUCCGACUGAUCCUCCUCCUGGUCGUCGAAAAGUCACAAUCUCUCAUCUACGUCAUCUAGCUUCUCAAUCCAUCCCUAUAACUUGUUUAACAGCCUACGAUUACCCAACAUCGUUAAUUUCCGAAACAUGUGGAGUCGAUAUGGUUUUAGUCGGAGAUUCUUUAUCUCAAGUAUGUUUAGGUCAUUCAACUACAACACAAAUAACAUUAGAAGAAAUGAUACAUCAUUGUAAAGCUGUAACUCGUGGAGCUAAAACACCAUUUAUUUUCGCGGAUUUACCAUUCGGUUCAUUCGAAUCUGAUAUUACAACAGGGAUAAAAUCAAGUAUCCGUUUGAUAAAAGAAGGUUUGAUAGAUGGUAUAAAAAUAGAAGGUGGUGAAGAAAUAAUACCUUUAAUAAAACAAUUAAAUAAAUUCGGUAUACCUACAAUACCACAUUUAGGUUUACAACCACAAAGAGCUAUUUCUUUAUCUGGUUAUUUAGUACAAGGACGUGAUUCUUCAAAAGCUUUUGAUAUUUAUGAAUUAUCGAAAAAAAUGGAAUUGGCAGGUUCAACAAUGAUCCUAUUAGAAGCUAUCCCACAUAAAUUAGCGAGUAAAAUAACGAAUGAUUUAAAUAUACCGACUAUUGGUAUUGGAGCUGGAAACGGUACGAGUGGUCAGGUUUUAGUUAUAAGUGAUGUUUUAGGAAUGUAUGAAGAAGGUCUUGGUGGUAAACAAAAAGCUAAAUUCGUAAGACAUUUCGGUGAGGUUGGUAAAGAAAUGAGAAAAGCUGUUGAAGGUUAUGUUAAAGAGGUUAAAUCGGGUGGAUUCCCGAAACAAGGUGAGGAAACUUAUAGUAUGAAAAAAGAAGAAUGGUUGGGUUUUGAAAAGUUGAUCGAAGGAUCAGCUUCGUUUUCUUCUUCAUCUAGCAAAAGAGAAGGAGGAGGAGAGGAUGGGGGAGAGAUUUCAAGGGAGAUGGUGAAAGAAGGGGAAUCCACGGAAGAUGGACAAUAGAAUGGAGGCAAGGGGGGAGGGGGGAAUUUUGUCUCUUUGUCGUGUCGUGAUCACUAGUACUUUCGUGUCAUUCUUGUCGUUGCAUACUUGCAUAUCGUUG